AUGAGUUUGGCGCCAACUGUUCAAGAAAUCCUAGACCAGAAAAGCCUGCGGUGGAUCUUCGUAGGCGGCAAAGGCGGUGUUGGUAAAACCACAAACUCCUGUUCCGUUGCACUCCAGCUGGCAAAAUGCCGCGAGAACGUCCUGCUGAUUUCCACGGACCCCGCACACAACCUCAGUGACGCCUUUGGCCAGAAGUUUGGCAAGGAUCCCAGUCCCGUGAAUGGCGUGCCCAACCUGUCAGCGAUGGAAAUUGACCCCUCUGGCACCAUUGAGGAGUUUCUGGCCUCUCAGGACAACCAGGAUGGCAUGAUGGACAUGGUCCAGGACCUUGCAUUUGCCAUCCCCGGCAUUGACGAGGCCCUGUCGUUUGCUGAGGUUAUGAAACGAGUCAAGAAGCAGGACUUUUCGGUCGUGGUUUUCGACACUGCCCCGACCGGCCACACGCUGCGCUUUUUGCAGUUCCCCGCCAUCCUCGAGAAGGCCUUGGGUAAGGUGCGCGAGCUGUCGACCCGAUUUGGGCCUAUGCUGAACACGAUUUUGGGUGCCCAGGGUAAGAGCAUUGACGAGAUUUUCGGCAAGCUUGACGAGACGCGCGACAUCAUUGCCGAGGUCAACCGGCAGUUCACCAAUCCCGAUCUGACCACCUUUAUUUGUGUGUGCAUUGCCGAAUUCUUAUCGCUGUACGAGACCGAGCGCAUGAUCCAGGAACUACUCACAUUUGGCAUCGAUACCAACACAAUUAUCGUCAACCAGUUGCUGUUCCCUAAACCCGGAAGCAACUGUGACCAGUGCAAUGCCCGUAAACGGCUCCAACAAAAGUAUCUCGAGCAAAUCCACGAGCUUUACGAGGACUACCACCUGGUGGAGCUACCUCAGCUCACCGAAGAAGUGCGCGGCGUCGAGGCUCUGGAGAAGUUCAGCCAAAUGCUUGUAAAACCCUACAAACCUUGA